GGGCUCAGUGCUGUGCUGCUCCCGCGGGCGCCUCUACGGUCUGCCUCGCGCCUGGUCUCUCUGCGGUCCGCCUCCAGAUCCACUGAAGAGUUAGCGCCACCCAGCGGAGAUGUCCACAGACGUCUGGGUAGGAACGUGGAGACCCCACCGGCCGAGGGGACCCAUCGCUGCCCUCUACAGCAGCCCUGGACCCAAGUAUGGACUCCCGACAAAUGUUACCAACAACACGAUCCCUCUCGAUUCCGGGCCCCGGCCUACAGCAUAGGCAGCCGACGUUUCCAGAUGCUGGAGAGCUGUUCUCCCGGGCCGGGUUACAUGGUGCCCACCAACAUGACUAUGAGAGGCAAGGAUGGCAUUCCCGCCUACUCCAUCUACGGGCGCCCCAGGGAUGGGGCGACCUUUCGGACGCCGGGGCCAGGUCGCUAUUCUCCGGAGAAAGCCGGGAAGUUGGCUUAUCCGUGUCCCCCAAAUUACUCCAUGGCUUCACGGACAAAGGACUUCCAAAACGAACAGACGCCGGGGCCUGCCGCCUACGGCCUCCCUCCAAUGCUGGGGCCCAAGGUGAUCGGCAAGAGCUCAGCCCCCAAUUACUCCAUGUUUGGACGCAGCGCCAUUGGCAGCUUCUACGAGGACCUCAGCCGGACUCCGGGGCCUUGCAAUUACCGUGUGGUGGAGACCAGCGUCUACAAGAAUCGCCCCCCGCAUUACAGCAUCAUUGCGCGGAACAUGCUUCCGGGGGACACGACCAUCAUUCCGGGCCCCGGGGCCUACAGUCCGGAGAAGCACAAUCCGCUCCGUGGCUUGACCUUUGGGAUCCGCCACUCGGACUACGUGGCUCCUCUCAUUGUGGACGUGGCAGAUUAGGCCACGGCUGGGCGGGCCGGACAAGAAGCCAUUCUUUGCCAAGUCUGGGUCUCUGGUCGAUGCUUUGGGGGGUGGGCGGGAGGUUCCCGUGUGGGGCAGGGAAGGGGGAGUCUUGCUGGGCAGAAGCAUUGGGAGGCUUGGGAGGGUCCUCAGACUAGAAGGAGGGGGGCGACUCAGGGAUCCGCUCCAGUUCCCCUACGAAGUGGGGGGAGGAGGCCCCAAUGUCCAGGGGUGUCCCACUGUUCUGACCGUUUGGCCGGAUUGCUGUGCCAGGCGGACAUUUGGUAUCUGGCCUUUGGAAACCCACCAAUUUUUUUUUUGACCCCUGACAUGAACCAGGGUUCAAAAGAUCAAUCAACCGAUCAGCCUUCUUUGGGGGGGGGGUGUCAAAAAAGUCAAGAUGGCGGCCACCUCGCUGGAAUCAAUGCUGCCCAUAGCUUCAAUUGCAGCACUUUGAUUUGUUUUGCACCCAUUUUAUGGAUUCUUUAAGCGGUCCGUGCCCCAUUCAGUGACUGAAGGGGCAGAUUGCAUGGCCGGCAUAACUGGUACAAAUCACACCACUGCCUGGCAUGGGAAAACUUUGCCGGCUGCGGUUUUCCGACCACUGUGGUUGUGGAAACACAAACUCACACUGACCUGGGGCCAUUCUGCCUCAGCGUCCUGAAGCACCCCGCAAACUAGGAGCCAGGUGUUAGUCUACAGAAGGGGUCUCCAAACCUGCCCACUUUAAGACUUGUGGAAUUAUGGGAUUUGAAGUCCACUAGUCUUAAAAGGGAUGCGGUGGUUCAGUGGCUAAGAUGCUGAGCUUGUCGAUCGAAAGGUCGGCAGUUCAGCAGUUCGAAUCAGGGGUGAAAUCCAGCAGGUUCUGGAUAGCGGUAGCGGAAAUUUUGAGUAGUUUGGAGAACUGGCAAAUACCACCUGUAGCUGGCCCCAGAGUAGGGUGGGAAUGGAAAUUUUGCAAUAUCCUUCCCCUGCCACGCCCACCAAGCCACACCACACCCAACAGGCCACACCCACAGAACCGGUAGUUGAAAAAUUUGGAUUUUACCACUGGUUCGAAUCCCUAGUGCCGCAUAACGGGAUGAGCUCCCGUUACUUGUCCCAGCUUCUGCCAACCUACCAGUUCGAAAGCAGGUAAAAAUACAAGUAGAAAAAUAGGGACCACCUUUGGUGGGAAGGUAACAGCGUUCCGUGAGCCUUUGGCAUUUAGUCAUGCCGGCAACAUGACCAUGGAGACAUCUUCGGACAGUGCUGACUCUUCGGCUUUGAAACGGAGAUAACCAUCGCCCCCUAGAGUCGGGAACGAGUAACACAUAUGUGCGAGGGGAACCUUUACCUUUAGUCUUAAAAGUGACCAUGUUUGGAGGCCCCUGGCUUAGGAAUUCUGGGAUUUGAAGUCCACAAGUCUGAAAAGUUGCCAUGUUUGGAGACCCCCAGCUGAGGAAGUUUGGGAUGUGAAGUCCCCAAAUCAAGAGUGGCUGUGUUUGGUGACCCCUGGUCUAUGGAGCUUAAAAUGACCGGAUCUGGCAUUGCCCUCCAGUGGGCAGACUUUGGGUGUGAAUUGAAGGAUGGUGGGAUGGAGGGACAACAUCUGGCAUGCCAAAGGACGAGAAUAUUUGUAACUGAGGGUUGAACUGUGGGGUCCUUGUUUCUCUCGGAGCUUGUUUGCUUGUUUGCAGAUGUUUCAUGAUCCAACUAGCAGGUAACAUCAUCAGUGCUAGAAGGUGGGACGGGGAGGAGAAACAGGAGGAGGUAGGACUGUGGGGCCCUUGGUGCUCUCUUAUCUGUUACUGUACUUCAUUGCAGUACGUACUUUUAUGAUCCAACGAGGUAACAUCAUCAGGGCUAGAAGAAUUGGAUUAGAAGGCUUCGAAGCACUGAUCAUGUUCCCCUAGCUGGGCCACAAAAUGCCUACAAGAAAACAACCAAGCUCAAGAGAGCAUGGCCGGCUGGGGAAUUUUGGGAGCGGAAGUCCACAAAUCUUAAAAGUUGUCAAGUUUGGAGACACCCCCCCCCGACUGAGGAACUCUGGGAGCUGAAGUCCACAAAUCUUAGCUGCCAAGUUUGGAGACCCCGCUGGCUGAGGAAUUCAGGGAGUUGAAGUCCGCCCGUCUUAAAGUGGCCAAGUUUGGAGACCUCCUGAGACCACCCUCCUUCCAUAGGAGCCUGAAGACCUGACUCUGCCGGUUGGCCCAAGGUGCCCAUGGGGCAGUUCCAUAUGGGAGGGGGCUGCUGAAUUGAUGGCGGAGUCCCCCCCGCUUCCCAUUCUCUGCUUUCCACCCGUCCAUCUUUCCUAGAUGUCAUAUUGAUGUAUUAUUAACAUCAUGUUCUUUUUCAUUGCUUAUUUUUUUACUUCUCUUCUACUUACGUUCUUUUCAUGCCGUCCUUUUCAUUGUUGUAAGCCGCCUGGAGUGGCCCCAUGGCCAGAUAGGCGACAAAUCAAUCAAUCAAACA